GAUGUGAAGGCAGAGAUGUCUCCAGUCCUCGCCUGUUUGCUGGUUUUCCUGGCGGGCUGCUUGGGAUGCCAGCACCAUGCCUGCUGCUGCGCGGGCAGGGUCUUCAUUUGUCAGGAGAGCAAGGUGGUCCAGGUUCCCCGGGACAUCCCCGCCAACACCACUGAACUGAGAUUUGUCCUCACCAAGAUGAGAGUGAUUCCAAAAGGAGCUUUCGCAGGACUUGGUGACCUAGAGAAAAUAGAGAUCUCACAGAAUGAUGCCUUGGAGGUCAUAGAAGCAAAUGUGUUUUCCAACCUUCCCAAACUACAUGAAAUAAGAAUUGAGAAGGCCAACAACCUCGUGUACAUUGAUCAAGAUGCCUUCCAACACCUUCCUAGCCUCAGAUAUUUGUUAAUAUCAAACACUGGGCUUCGGUUUUUACCUGCUGUCCAUAAAGUGCACUCUUUCCAGAAAGUUUUACUAGAUAUUCAAGACAAUAUCAAUAUACGUACAAUCGAAAGAAAUUCAUUCACGGGCCUGAGUUCUGAAAGUGUGAUUCUGUGGCUGAAUAAAAAUGGGAUUCGGGAAAUUGAGAAUCAUGCAUUUAAUGGAACCUACCUGGAUGAGCUAAACCUAAGCGAUAAUCACAACCUAGAAAAAUUACCAAAUGAGGUUUUCCAAGGAGCCAAUGGGCCCGUUGUUUUGGAUAUUUCAAGGACGAGAAUCAGUUUCCUGCCAAGUCAUGGAUUAGAACUCAUUAAGAAGCUAAGAGCAAGGUCUACAUACAAUUUAAAAAAGCUUCCUGAUUUAAGCAAAUUUAGAUCUUUGAUUGAGGCAAACUUCACCUAUCCUAGCCAUUGCUGUGCAUUUACAAACUGGAAAAGACAAAACACCGAAUUACAUCCGAUAUGUAGCAUUUCUCAGGCCAAGCAAGACCUUGAUGAGCAGCCUGGUGAUAAGAUACAUAGACGAUCUGCAGCUGAAGAUUAUAUUUCAAACUACGGCAUAGGAUUUGAUCCAGCAGAGAAUGAAUUUGACUAUGGUUUAUGCAAUGAAGUAGUUAAUGUAGCUUGCUCACCUAAACCCGAUGCUUUCAAUCCAUGUGAAGAUAUCAUGGGAUACAACAUUCUGAGAGUCCUGAUAUGGUUUAUCAACAUUUUAGCUAUCACUGGGAACAUUGUUGUCCUCAUUAUUUUAAUAAGCAGUCAAUACAAAUUCACCGUACCUCGCUUUCUAAUGUGCAAUCUUGCAUUUGCAGACCUCUGCAUAGGUAUCUAUCUGUUGUUUAUUGCAUCUGUAGAUAUCCAGACCAAAAGCCAGUAUUACAACUAUGCCAUAGACUGGCAAACUGGGGCAGGAUGCAAUGCUGCAGGAUUUUUUACAGUGUUUGCAAGUGAACUCUCAGUCUACACGCUGACUGUGAUAACUCUGGAAAGGUGGCACACCAUCACCUAUGCCAUGCAACUGGACCGCAAGGUUCGAUUUCGUCAUGCUGUGAUUAUAAUGAUUUUUGGCUGGAUAUUUGCUUUCACAGUGGCACUUCUUCCCAUAUUUGGAGUCAGCAGCUACAUGAAGGUCAGCAUCUGUUUGCCCAUGGAUAUAGAAGCACCAUUUUCUCAGGCUUAUGUUAUAUUUCUUUUAGUGUUGAAUGUACUCGCAUUUGUGAUCAUAUGUGCCUGCUACAUCUGCAUCUACUUCACUGUGAGAAACCCUAAUGUCAUCUCUUCAAACAGUGACACCAAGAUCGCCAAGCGCAUGGCCAUACUGAUCUUCACAGACUUCCUCUGCAUGGCACCAAUAUCUUUUUUUGCAAUAUCAGCCUCACUCAAGGUUCCUCUCAUCACAGUGUCCAAAUCCAAGAUCCUUCUGGUUUUGUUUUACCCCAUCAAUUCCUGUGCUAACCCCUUCCUCUAUGCCAUUUUCACAAAGACUUUCCGCAGGGAUUUCUUCAUUCUGUUGAGCAAGUUUGGUUGCUGCGAAAUGCAAGCUCAGAUUUACAGAACAGAGACCUCUUCCUCUGCUCAUAAUUUCCACACAAGAAAUGGCCAUUGCCCUCCUGCAUCAAAAAACAGUGAUGGGACUAUUUAUUCAUUGGUUCCUAUGAAUCACUUGAACUGAAAUGCUUGCAUGAAUUUGUGUCUGAGGCAGUGUGAUAAUCACUUUCAACUGUGAAUUUGAAUAAUGACUUCAGCAUAGCAUGUAAACUUAUUUUUAAUGGGAAAAAAAUUUUAUUUUCACUUUGCUAUUUUUGUUCAAUGAACAACUGUCACAGAUGACACAUCAUCUUCAUCAGUUCUUGAAGGACAAAGAACAAAACUUCAGUAUGUGCCAAAAUGUCCUUGUAGAAUUGUCUCAAGAAAUAAAUGAGAUUUUAAACUGGUAUCUCCCACCAUACAGGCAGAGAUUCCUUUCAUUCUAGCAAGAUGUUAGCUGCUCACUGAGAAUCAAGUAGUGGUUAUAUACGGUUGAAAGAAAAAAAUAUGUAGCAUUAAUUUUUUUGUCUGUGAAGCACGUUAUAACAAUGACAGAUAAUUAGCUCUUUUCUUUAAUCAUAUCUCCUGGGGUUAUAGGAGACAGAAGGCCAACUUAAAGUCCUCCUUCAGCACAGACUUACUAGGAAUGAGAAUAUCUUGUGUUGUUUCCAUUUCUGUUCACCGCAGCAGAGCGGCAGGAGGCAUCUCCAGCUAUGCUGAUGUUUGCUUUUCUACACUGCAUGGACCCGCCUUACUCUGCACAAAAGUGUCACUUUGGCUGGGAUUUGUGUUGAUCUAGACUGGCAGGCUCAGAGAACCAGAUUUCAUUUGAGUUUGGAUCAAGUAGUUUGAUUUGGGGUUUGUUUUCAAGGUGAGAAAGAACAAGAACAAGAGCAGGAGAAACCCUUCACAAUAAGAAGGAUGUUUUCUCAACCUGGCCUCACAAAGUUGGGUUGGAAUCACUUAUGUGUGGCUGGGCCCCUUAGGUAUGGCACGAUAGACCAACGGGCUGCUCUAACAUGAUACCUGAGGCAGGUUUGCCAUACAGUAGUAUUAGUGCAUUGCAUUGUCUGGGCUAUGUAAGGGAUGACAGAUCCAGAUAUGGCUUUUGAAAACCUGAAAAAAAGUUUUUGUGAAAUCCCAAAAGUUCUCUUUCCCCUUCCCUUCUAAAAAAAAAUCCUUCAUGUGCACAUUAUCAGAUGAUGGUCCAGAUUGAAAGACCUGAAAGAAAUCAUACGCUGCAUAUGUUGAAAUAACAAAAAAGAAAAAGCUCUUAAUCAAGAUUUCCUGAUUUUACAGAGUUUUUGGAUAACAUCUCAAUGAACAUACAGACUUUUUACAUUAUUUGAAUACCAAACUUUUUGAGGGUUAAUCAUUCCAAAUUAGACCAAAGAUUUAGGAUUCAGUAGGGUUUUCUCAUGCUGAUUUUGUAUCUACGUGUGGGUAUAUGGGCAUAAAGAAAACACCAGGACAGGAGUCCGAGCUUCAUUCCCACCUCACAGACAAUUCACAGUUUGCCCCAUGAGAUUAUAAAUCUUUUGAGUCUUCAUGGUUAAAUGUGAUGAGCUUUGAAUAUUUCCUGCCUACAACUCCUAAAAUUUCAGUAGCAAUUCUUGAUGCUUCCAUCCAUAAUUUCCCCUGUCAUCAGCUUCACAUUUCAGCAUCUGAACCUGAUGUGAAUAACUACAGGAGAUGAUUAUUCAUUCAGUCCUACCCAGGGAAGGAAGUAUUAGCUCCCUAGUGCAUAAAACAGGGGAGAUCAAAGAUAGUGCAUUUUGGGGGGGAAAAUUUCAUUAGUCAACACAAGUAACACUCCCUCCAAGACCCAGGAGAAGAAAGAAUCAAAGAGCAAAACAGGAAAAACAGUCCAUCUCUGGGAAGCUCUUCUGACUACUCAGAAGAAUCAUUUCUUCACAAAUGCUUUAUGUCAUAUACAGUGUACCAGUGUGCAGCCACUAAAAUCCAUCCUGAUGGAACUGUCUGAAUGACAAUGUUCCAAAAUGACAAAUAUUCUAGUUGCAUUGAAGAAAGGCUCCUGAAUCUAUUCUCAGGACAAAAAUGAAGGGUGUUCUUUGCCAAACACUAACCUAUUUUUGUUGAUAAAUAGGGCAAAUACUUGUAGUGUGUCACACUUUCUUGCCUGGGCCCUGACUGGUUGCAAAGGCAAUAGGCUGAGACUUGGCAGUUCAAGAAAGCACAGGCACAGUCUAGAAGCCAAUUUUGUAAAUCCUCUCACAGCUACGUCAGGCACAUGAGCUUGGUACAACUCAUCUACUUCAUGUGAAACCAUUGCUCAGACAUUUGCAGAAUCAGGACGUAGUUAAAUAUGCUUUACAAAUAAACAUCCCUGAAGGAAGAUCUUGCAGGGUUGUGUCUUGUAGCCAGAGUCAGACCAGGGCCCAAGGGAUGAAGCCAUCUAGCCCAUGGCUCUUCCUCCAGAGGAGACAAGGGAUGGAUGAUAUUUGAAGAGUAAAUAAAGCCUGCAUAACCAGACACCUUGACAUGUCCCUAGAAGGACAGCAUAGAAAUGCUUGAGGCACAUGUCACCCUGCCCAUACGUGCUGCACAGGAGCUCCGGUGGCAGUUCAGGCUGUGGCAGCAGCUCCAAACCUGAGACGCUGACCGUGUGGUUGCCAAGACAAAGACCUCCUUCUUGUAGUCCUCAGAUCUCCUUGACUUUCACUAUUCUUUACAUCUUAAUUUUAAGCAUCUUCCAAAUUUUGAGGGUCAUUGUAGGACCUGUGUCUUUCCCUUUGUGGGACAUUGGUCCUUUUAUAGCAAUUUUUUAAAGCAGUGUUUUUUCUUUGAAGAAAGCAGUAUAAGAAAAAUAAAUGCAAGAUACAUUUUAUUCAUGCUUGUAAUGUAAAAAAAGCCUGCUGGUGUUUGGUGUGCAUUUUCUCAGCACUGAACAACAUGUUUAUGUGUGUAAUCUUUAAACUAUUUACAUUUCUCUUUCUGAAAUCUAUUUUAAUAAAACCAAUAUCAAAACAAAGUGCCUUGAGAACAAGUGUACGGCCAGAGAUAU